AUGCUCCAAAAUAUUCUUUUAAUAUGGCUGAACAGCAAUAUCAAUGCAGAAAACAGUCAUGAUUAUCGGAAUACAAUCGACCAAUUACGAUGUGUUGUCAACAACAUCAACGUAUUUAAUGAUGUUGAUCAGUGCGUUGAUUUCUUCACAGACGUGUAUAGUGAGAACGUUUUUAUGAUAAUCUCUGGUGAAUUAUGUCAAAACGCUGUGCCUCUAGUUCAUGAUGUCGCUCAACUUCAUGCCAUCUUUAUCUUUUGCAGUAAUUGCAAUAAUGAGAAAAGAUAUGAAGAAUGGGCUAAAGAAUGGACCAAAACAAAAGGUGUUUUCUCACAGAUUCCAUCGAUCUUAGAAGCUCUCAAAAAAGCAGCACAACAACUUGAACAGAAUGCGAUCUUAAUGAGUUUUUUGAACGCAAAUGAUGAUAAAUAA